GAGGAGCCACAUUCCGGGUGAGGAAGAAUCUAUAAGAUAAUUAUUCAUUCUUCUUCGGGGCUUUUUGGGUUUUAUUUUUUGAAAAAUAUUUUUGAAAAGUUAACGCAAAAGGAACUCAGUUCAACUCGUUUCAUGGGAUUUUUUGAGUUUCAAGUUGAGAACGUGAAAAUAUACGGUGCCCAUUGAGGCAAAUCUACUACACUGUUUUUUACUGGCGGAUAAUCGCGCUGAACUUCGCCUGAUGAAGUGUUUUCGUGUUUGGAAGGUGGCAAUUCCAUAACUGCCGUGGCAUUUGAAUCUGUUUCUUCUCUUACAACAGACUGAACAGUUGUAAAUAGACUGAAUCGAAUAUAUUUUUAUUUCUCGUGAAAUCAUGUUACUGGACGCUGGUCACCAGUUCCCUGGGCUGGGAGUUGGCACGUUUGCAAGGCACCAUUCAGCAAGCGAAAUGCAGGACAGAGACUUGACUUUAGCACAAAAUAGCUUUGUCGACACGGCGGCACACAUGGGCGCUUUCAAGCUGAACCACGAUCUCUCCCCCGGACAGAGCUCAGCGUUCACUUCGCAGGCUCCAGGUUACCCCGCUGCGGCUCUCGGUGCGCAUGCCGCACAUGUCACAUCGUACGCCAGCUCGCCUUUUAACUCCACAAGGGACUUUCUGUUUCGCAGCCGGGGUUUCGGAGAGUCGUCGCCGGCCAGCAGUCAGCAUGCAAUAUUUGGCCCCACAGCUGGGUCACUGCAUCACUCCCAUACAGACAGUCAGGGUCACAUUUUGUUCCCCGGGAUCCACGACCAGCAUGGCUCUCACAGCUCGCCAAACGUCUUGAACAGCCAGAUGCGGCUUGGACUACCAGGGGAAGUUUUCGGGCGAUCCGAUCAAUACCACCAGGUCUCCAGCCCGAGGACCGACCCCUACUCGGCCGCCCAACUGCACAACCAGUAUGGUUCUAUGAAUAUGAACAUGGGCAUGAACAUGGCAGCCCAUCACCACCACCCCGGUGCCUUCUUUCGCUACAUGAGGCAGCAAUGCAUCAAGCAAGAGCUCAUCUGCAAGUGGAUCGACCCCGAGCAGCUCAGCAACCCCAAGAAGAGUUGCAAUAAAACUUUCAGUACCAUGCACGAGUUGGUCACCCACGUCUCCGUGGAGCACGUCGGGGGGCCGGAGCAGACCAACCACAUCUGCUUCUGGGAGGACUGCGCCAGAGAAAGCAAACCCUUUAAAGCCAAAUACAAGUUAGUCAACCACAUUCGAGUGCAUACGGGCGAAAAACCCUUCCCCUGCCCCUUUCCUGGGUGUGGAAAGGUCUUCGCACGGUCGGAAAACCUGAAGAUUCACAAGAGAACGCACACAGGUGAGAAACCAUUCCAGUGUGAAUUUGAGGGCUGCGACCGGCGCUUCGCGAACAGCAGCGACCGAAAGAAGCACAUGCACGUUCACACCUCCGACAAGCCUUAUCUUUGCAAGAUGUGCGACAAGUCCUACACUCAUCCCAGCUCACUUCGAAAGCACAUGAAGGUUCAUGAAUCCACACCAACCGCAUCAGACUCGUCGCCCGCAGCAAGUUCCGGUUAUGAGUCCUCCACACCCCCCGGCCUGGUGUCCCCCUCCACCGAGACGCAAAGCAACAACAAUCUGUCUCCUGCGUCAGCGGUGCACAACAACAACGGCCACAGCCACAGUCACAGCAGUCUAUCGUCCAAUUUCAGUGAGUGGUAUGUGUAGGACUGGCAACAGCGCCACACACACACAAAAUGAACAAUUGCGGAAAACAGCAAGAAGAAAACGCGGACAAUCCGGACAGGCUUGUAAAAAGGAACCAAUGUAUAGGCUUCACGAACGCUCUUAUGAUAAGCGACAAGGCGCCAAUGGAGAAGCAGCCCAGUGAAUUGCGCUAAUCAUGUAUACUAUUUUGUACAUAAUUAUUACACAUCCUCUCUCCCCAUAGUUGUAAUAGAUUUUGUCCGUUUUUGGUGUAUAGAUGUUCCUUCAAUGGUAGCUAUUUCUCUAACUGGACUUUUUAGUGCACAUAAUAUGGAUACAAAGUUGUAUAAUGAUGUUAAAUAUUGUGAUCAUGUUGAGGCAAACUGAUUGUAACUAACCAUCUGUAAGCAGGACGGAGUGCCAAAGUCAACACAACUAAGAAAGACACAAUAUUUGCUUGUGAAUGUAUAUUUUAGUUCGCUGGGCUUAACUUGUGACGUUUUGUGCUUUGCAAGUUUGAAUUGUGAAAUACUAUUUGGAAGAUUGUGAGGAAAAUCAACGUCGUGCCGUUCCAUUUUCUGUACUUACAACUUCCCUUUGUAAAUAUCGACUGCCAUAUUUAUCCAUUUGUAAUUAAAUUAUGGUAUUUACUUGCUACAGAUGAAACAAUAUUUAUAAAGAAUGUUUCUUUACUAUAAAUAUGUACAAUUAUGAGCUGAACUCGGGCAGUUGUUUUGUUAAGUGUUUUUGUUCAAAGUUUAAGAGGUGUUUUCUCCAUUAUUGUGAUAAGAAUUUUACUGCAUAUAAAUAUAAUAAAAAAUGUGUUGCAAGUGUUA